AUUCCAAAACCAAUCCCGAAGAUCCUAAUCUCCACAGAAAAGAAAGUUGAGAUUUUCCCUCCGUUUGUUGCUCGACGAAGCCGUGCACGACCAUGAAGCCGCGUGCGCCUGCGGUGGCGGCGGCGCUUUCCUCGGGCGUGCCGGCCAAGCUCCGGCCGCACCUCCCGCGGAUCACCGCCUUCCUGAUCGUCUUCUCCGUCGGGUACUCUCUCGGUAUCGUGUCCUCGUCGACUCGUCCCACGCCCAAGCCGUCGCAGACCGUCAUACGGCCGCACGCCGCGCACCUCACCGCCGGCUUGGGCGCAACGACCACCACCGGCGUCGCAGCGUCGUCGUUCAACGGCACCACCGGUGCAGACUACCCGCGAUCGCCGCCGCACGACCUGUUCCGGUUCAGAGACGAGUGCCGGGAGGCGGUGCCGAGCGACGCCGUGGUGCAGACGCUGAUCGACAAGCUGUUCGACGGCGAGAGCCCGUACGCGAGCUUCCCGCCGGAGCACACCGCGGCGCUGCUGCACCCGGCGGCGGCGCGGCCGCGCGGGUGGGGGUCGACGGGGGCGGUGUUCGCGGAGCUGAUCGAGGAGGUGCGGCCGGAGACGAUCCUGGAGCUGGGCGCGUUCCUGGGCGCGUCGGCGCUGCACAUGGCGGCCGUGGCCCGGAACCUCUCGCUGUCCCCGGCCAUCCUCUGCGUGGACGACUUCCGCGGCUGGCCUGCCUUCCGCGGCCGCUUCCGGCGUGACGUGCCGGCCCAGCGGCACGGCGACGUGCUGCUGCUGCCGCAGUUCAUGGCGAACGUGGCGGCGGCGGGGGCCGAGGACCGGGUCCUGCCGCUGCCCUUCUCCACGGCGUCCGUGCUCACGGCGCUGUGCCAGUGGGGCGUGUACGCGGACCUCAUCGAGGUGGACGCCGGGCACGACUUCCACUCGGCGUGGGCGGACAUCAACCUGGCCUGGGCCGUGCUCCGCCCCGGCGGCGUCAUGUUCGGCCACGACUACUUCACCGGCGCCGACGACCGCGGCGUCCGGCGCGCCGUGACGCUCUUCGCGAAGGUCAAGGGCCUCUCCGUCCGGCCCCACGGCCAGCACUGGAUCCUCUCGGCGAAGCCGCACGGCGACGCCCGGCGAUGACUCCUGCAUGCUCGAUCUCCACAGUACCUGUGUGAUUGUGCGCGCCCGUCGCCGUCACCGGCGGGGCCGGCCGCGCACUCGCGCGCGCGCGGGCCGUCCAGUGGAGACGUGGAACCUCGCCAUACGUGUCCAGCCUUAGCCCCGUCCGUGAGCAGGAUGAAAAGCUUACGUAAGUAUACGUUGUCCUUUGAGUCUGGUCUCUGGUGUUCGUUUUAACCGCCAUUUUUCUCUCCACACACAUAUUCUUCUUAAUUACACACAAGCUUUUGAGAAUGUUAGGUGCUGGAUCAUCACGAUCACGCACGGCCAUUGUUGUACAUCAAGGUAGAUGGCUAGUUGUUGGUGCAAUUGUUCCUUUUUCCUAUCAGAUAUAUAAGCUCAGUGAUUCGAUUUAUCUAUACAA